ACAGCACGGCACUGUUCGGUUAAAUCGCAUCUCUCUGUCAAUAUUAGCGCUAUAGCAACUGCUGGGUGUGGGCGAUACUGCGCCCCGUCACCGGAGCCUAAAACCAGCACCCUGAAUUUCUCAUCGUUCAAAUCAAGCUUUACUUCCAAUGUUAAUUUCCUGAAGCGAAGAUUUAGCUCGGGAGAUUUGUCUUCCGAGCAUGACGAUGUCGAUCCCAGUCAACUGCCGCCUGCUGCGCGGCCCAUUCAGGAUCAACCAACGAAGCCGCCAAUUAGCAGUGGCGGCCCACCGAACAUGCCACCGCCGCCGGCGCCAGGUGUGCCCGCAGCCGGUGCUGGUGCUGGUGCUGGUGGCCCGGAGCUAUCGUUGAGUUUUGGUGGUGGCAAGCAAGCGGCACCAGCUCUGCCACGCGGCGUUAGCGCUCCAACUAGCCCAGCGAAAUCGCGUGAAAGUUUGCUACAGCGGGUGCAGAGUUUGACGGGCGCAGCGCGUGAUCAAGGCGCUUCCAUAUUGGGUGCUGCGGUGCAGAGCGCCACCCGAGCGCCGGCCUUCAACAAGGACAAAUACUUCACGUUGCUCGUACUCGACGACCAAAACACCGACUGGUCGAAGUAUUUCCGUGGCAAGCGCCUGCAUGGCGACUUCGACAUACGCGUAGAGCAGGCAGAAUUCCGGGAUAUUUCGCUCACUGCCAGCGCUGAAACUGGACCCAUCAUUUCCAUGGCUGUCUACCGUGGCGGUACCAGGGUGGCACGCUCGUUCCGACCGGAUUUUGUGCUGAUACGCCAACCGCCACGCGAUGGUUCCAAUGAUUACCGCUCGACUUUAAUUGGAUUAAAGUAUGGCGGAGUGCCCAGCAUUAAUUCUUUGCAUUCAAUUUAUCAAUUUCAAGACAAACCUUGGGUAUUUGCGCAUUUGUUGCAGUUGCAGCGUCGCUUGGGACGUGACGCCUUUCCUUUGAUUGAACAAACCUUCUUCCCCAAUGCCAGGGAUUUGUUUAGCUGGACAAAGUUUCCGUGUGUUUUGAAGGCAGGCCAUUGCCAUGGCGGCGUUGCUACCGCACGCCUCGAGAACCAGAGCGCCCUACAAGAUGCGGCUGGCCUUGUCACCGGUUCGGGCAACGAUGCGCACUGCUAUUGCACGAUUGAGCCGUAUAUUGAUGCAAAAUUCGAUGUGCAUAUCCAGAAGAUUGGAAAUAAUUACAAGGCUUUUAUGCGCAAAUCGAUCUCGGGCCAUUGGAAAACUAAUCAAGGCUCAGCGAUGCUCGAACAAAUCACCUUAACCGAGAAGUAUAAGUCCUGGGUAGAUGAGAUCUCUGAACUUUUUGGCGGCAUGGAAGUAUGCGGCAUUUCAGUGGUAGUCGGCAAAGAUGGACGCGAGCAUAUAAUUAGCGCAUGCGAUUGUACAUUCGCCUUGAUUGGUGAUAGUCAAGAAGAGGAUCGCCGUCAGAUAGCCGAUUUAGUUUCGGCUAGAAUGCAGAACGUCUGCCGGCCCAGCAUGGCUCAAACGGGCCCUCCGAUGCAUGGCAUCCGACAGCCAUCACGAUCGUCAAUCUCCUCGCGCGGUGAGAGUCCCACCGAGGAUAUGGCACCCACACCGCCGGCACCAGCAGGUCCACGACCUGCUCCGAUGGGCGGUCCACCGCCAAUACCGGAGCGCACUUCACCAGCAGUCGGUUCGAUUGGCCGCCUCAGCAGCCGCAGCAGCAUUUCUGAGGUACCUGAGGAGCCAGCUGCACCGGCACCGACCAGCGUACCCAGCAGCGUCGGCGGUGCAGUGCGUCGCGACUCGCAAACUUCACAGGCAUCGAGCAUAUCAUCAGCCUCCAGGGCCUCCUCACGUCCACCGCAAACUCAAAAUUCAGUCGUCGAGGAUGCAGAGGACACCAUGAAGAAUUUGCGUAAGACCUUUGCGGGGAUAUUUGGUGACAUGUAGGAAUUAGCGAAUAAGAAACGCGGAAGGACAGCAAGCGAGACGAGCAGUGGCGGCCCACCCAGUGCUGGUGGCAGUGGAAUAAGCGGCAUAAGUACCGGUUCAUUCCUCGGCAAGCAAUUCUCGUUUGCUAGUGGCGGCGGCAGAUCGGCCAGCGGCAGCACAUCGAGUGUUACGUCGGAUAUCAUCUCGGCGCAGCCAACACCACAACCGCCACCGCCGGCAGAGAAACCCUACGAUGCGCGCUCCGACACUUCAUCGACCUCAACCCUGACGGCGGGUAGCAUGAGCGUCAGCGCCAGCUCAGCCGCAAGCUACAGCAGCAAGCCAUCUUCCAGCGUUUUGGACACAUUCCAAGAGGAGAACAAAUACAAGCCAGUCACCAAUUUUGAACCACAAGAACGUGUUAAUCCAUUCGAUAAGGGCACUUUGAAAACUUCUGCAACCAAUCAGACCAUUGGUAGUGCCACUUCGACCACUUCAUCUUCAUCGAUCUCCUCAUCAUCGAUUUCAUCGCGCAUCAAUCGCAAUGGCAAUGUCGGCAUUAAGUCGCCACCACCACCCACUGGACCGCCACCACCACCACCGACAGGCGUAGCCGGUGCAGUCAACUAUCGCAGCUCAACUUCGACCACACCACCAAGUGUUGGCAAAGACAAACGCACCUUCAACUAUGGCAGCUCAACAUCUAUUGAGACAAUUACACGCAUGGAUACCAACACCACAACCACCACUACAAUCGGACCAAGCAGUGAUGCUACUACUGCUGGUGGUGCAAUAGGCACCGACGCCAUUGAUAAUGCCAUUGGUGGUGGCGCCACUGGUGGCGCUGAUGUCUCUUCCGCAGGCGAUGGCCUAGAUUGGAAAUCGAAAAUAGGCAUACGUUCAGCGAGCGUCUACAGCGCACCAGCAGCUGUGAGCUCCACCAUGCCGGCAGCUGGAGAUACCUCUGGCUAUGCAUCAAACUCGAGCCCUGCCUCGAAUCCUUACAACACCACAGCCGAUUUGCCAUCGUACACACGACCAUCGUAUUCGCGCUCCGAGAGCAAUGCUUCCAAUAAGCAAUCUGAUUUGGACAUAAUCUUCGGCGAAUCUAAGCCCAGCUAUGGCAAUGGCAAAUAUACUCGCGCCGGCGGUUCAAUCUCCGAUGCCGAUCUCAUAUUUGGCGGACCACCGACCAACUAUAAGACCGAUCGCUUUGGCAGUUCGAAGAGCAUGAGCGUCACCUCGGAGCGGAGCAACGAUGGCAAUGGCAGCAAUAAUUCGUAUCGCGCCUACGAGGGUAUACAAAAUGCCGCAUUCAGCGAUUUUAGUGACUCACCGAAAACGGGCAGCAUCAGUAGCAUUAACUCGUAUGGUAAUACGAAUCGCUGGAGCAAGCCAACUGUCGAAGAGGAUGAUGAAUUGGAUUUGAAGUAGGCAAGGAUAACGAAUGUUGACAAACCGAUGAAAGUUAGUUAGAUUUUUGUGUUUGCUUAAAUGCGUGUGUGCACAUGUACAUAUGUAUGUGAGUAUGUAUAACUGUGCAAUGAGGAAGAUUUUAUUGAGACAAAACUAUUUACUUGCCGAUGGCAGUAUUAAAUUUUUUUUAAAUAUUUCCAAACAUACAUACAUUUGCAAGCAAAUGCAUAUGUAAAUGCGCAUGUAAGUAAAGUACAUUCAUACCUCUGCACACAUGCUUUUAAACACAGAUUCUCAUUGAAGAAAUAUGCAAAAAUUUAAGUACAUAAUUAGAAAAAAAAAAUAUUGAAACUAAAUCACUACAUACACAAGCGCAUUCUUCGCCUCUGAAGUUUCCUGGUUUCAUAGUGGAAAACAAUUAUAAACACAUUCCUAGCAAUCUAAACUAUACAGCUUAUUUCUAUUGUCAACUUUUUAUUUACAUAAUUUAUUUUUAUUUUUAUUUUAUUUUAUUUUUUUGGUAUAAUCGCACAGUUAUUUGAUAUUGACUUUUAAUUCAUUCUACUUUUGAUUUCUCUAAAUGUACUACAUAUAUUUCAUAUGCCAAAAAUGUGAUUUCUUAAUACCUGAUUUCAAUAAUGUCAAUCAAUAGCAGUCUUAUGAUUUUUAAAUAUUAAUUAAGUAUCCAAAGUACAAAGUUCAAUAAAUGCAUUACAUUUUGAUUAUGUGAGAGCAAAUAAAAUAUUUU